AUGAACUCAAAUCCUCCUCCAGUGAUCAUUUUAUAUAAAUAGAGUCUCAAUGUAAUUAAAUGUAUCUUACUUAAAAGGACCCAGACAAAAAGAAUUUUAGUAAAUUAUGGUAAUAAGAACCAAUUGAAGUUAAAGAAGUAUUUAAUAAUUAUAAUUAAUGAUUAGUUUUUUUCAAAUUUAUUUUAAGCAUUGAAAUAUUCAAAAGAUGGUGGUAUGGCACAUACAAUUUUUGAAUUGGAGACUAAUGAUUCACAUUCUGAGAUUUCAGAGAUAAAUUGGAAAAAUUAAGGAUUUAUUAGUGAAUAAAGUAAUUCUAUGAUAGAAUUGCUUAAUAUUUUAGAAAUAGAGAAAUUACCCUUACAAUCUGCAUUUUUAGAGAAUAAUUCAAUAAAUUAAAUAGCGUAUAUUAUAAUAUUAUUAUAGAUAAUUAUGUGAAAGAAUGAAAACUCUAAAUAUCAAUGAAGAAUUAAGUAACAGAAUAAAUGAUAGUUUUCUCAAGAUUUCAAAACUUCGUAAAUGA